GAGAGAGAGAAAGAGAGAGCGAGAGUUCUGUUCGGGAGCAGUGGUCGCAGAAAUGGCAGAGCCGAAGGUGAAGUCGCCCUCACCCUCGUCUCUUUGUGCCGCGAAACGCGGACUCCUCCACUCUCUCUCUCCCUCUUUCUCUCUCUCUAUCCUUCGCUGGCCACUGCUUUUUCUUCCCCGUUGCUUCGUUUCAUCACAUACCCCUAAAACCAAACCAGACCCCCACACCCUCUCUCUCUUUCUUUCUGCUUUCCCUCCCUCCAUCGAGCCCAGUUUCGUUCAUUCCCCUUGUUACUUCGUUCCAGAUUUCGCACCGAUCUCUUCCUCGCGAUCUUCAUCGACGUUGAGCUGGACAUGGGCAUCUGCUGGCUGCCUGUACAUUGAGGAUUCAACUGCUCUAUUAAAGCUGUAAGGGAUGGCGACUUCGAAUGGUGGAUAUCUUCAUGCCAAUAACAAUCCUCCCGCCCCCUCCCCGACUCUACUUCCUCCAUGGCUCUCCAACUCCAACGAGAAUCCGACCCUCAGGCCGCCCUCCCCAUCUGUCACCCUGAGCCUCUCUCCUUCAACAGUCGCCGCCACUCCAAUCCCGUGGCUCCAACCCCAUGCUUCCUCUUUGACUCUAGCUAACUCCCUCUCUCGUGGGCCUGGCCCCGCCUCUGGAGAGAAUGCACUGUUCUCUGAGCUCGUGGAGUGCUCGAGGGAGCUGGAGGAAGUACAGCGCGCCAUGGCGGCCCACAGGAAGGAGGCAGCGUGGGGGAUGAGGAGGACGGAGAUGCAGCUGGAGUCAGAGCGGGCCCGGCGGAGGAGGGAGAAAGUGGAGGAGAUUGAGGCGAAGAUCAACGCCCUCAGGGAGGAGCAGAAGGUGAGCUUGGAGAGGAUCGAGGCGGAAUACAGGGAGCAGCUGGCGGGUCUCCGGAGGGAAGCGGAGGCUAAAGAGCAGAAGCUGGCUGACCAGUGGGCUGGGAAGCACGUCCGGCUUUCAAAGUUCGUCGAGCAAAUCGGGUACCGGCCAAGGAUCGCCGAGCCAAGCGGGCGCUGAGGAAAUUUUAAGUACAUUAGGCUUGCUUAGCUGCAAUACCCCCUCCUCUUUCCAUGUCAAAGACACUGUUUGAUUGUAGUUGUUAUAUGGUGAAUCCUUUGUUUAGGCUUUGAAUCAUUGGAAAUUGAUGCCCGUCCUGACUUCAGGUAUGAACAUGUUGCAUCUUAUUUCAGUCAGAAAGUAUCGUGGUGGGCUGUGAAAUUGGAUGCUUGUCGUGACCCUUAUUGAUCU